UUAUGUCCGACAGUCCGAGUGUUCUCCAAAUUUCCUGCUCCUUCAUUUCAUACGUGGCCUCUGACAUGACAUUCCUCAUCUCUGCACGUUCUUCUUGUUCUCUGCAUUCCAACUCUUUUUUUUUUUUUAAUAUUUCUUUUGCCAUCCCCUCUGAUCUCAAGGCCUGAUUUUUGUGGAGGAAUUUUUUUUUUUUGUCGUUUGGUUCUGAUGGGAGUCUAUUUUUGAGCAAUAUUGAAGUGGGUAGUUGCUGUUUCUCAGUUUUCUUUCGGAUAUUUUGAUAUUGGUGUUGUCUAUUUUAUAGUCCCCUGUGGUCCUUCCCCACUUUUUCUCUCUGUCACGCUCGCAAAGAAGCUCGCACGCACACAUCGUAUGGAGUAAAAUUUAGAGAACUCGGUGGGUGCCUAUUGACGGUCUGUUAGAAUAUUGUGUUUCAAAUGAAGACUUUGUGACAGGCUGCUGAGUUGCUGCUUUGCUGGGACUCAAAAUGGACCGGCGGAGCUGGCUAUGGCGAAGAAAGUCUUCAGAGAAGAGUUCCGGAGAGAUUGAGAGCUCAGGAUCGAUAUCUUCUCAUUCUGAAAGAUUCUCUGAUGAGCAGGCAUAUCCAACCCAAAGUACUCAAUCGCCUGAAGUCACUUCUAUAGCUGCAAGCAAUGAUGAAGAAGUUAAUGAUAGCCUGAAGACCUUAACGGAAAAAUUAUCUGCUGCUCUUCUAAACAUUAGCGCCAAAGAAGACUUGGUAAAGCAGCAUGCCAAAGUUGCAGAAGAAGCUGUCUCAGGCUGGGAGAAGUCUGAAAAUGAAUUACUGGCUUUAAAGCAGCAACUUGAGGCUGCCAAGAAGAAGAACUUAGGACUUGAAGAUCGUGCAUAUCACCUUGACGGAGCACUGAAGGAAUGUGUGAGGCAGCUUAGACAGGCCAGAGAGGAACAAGAGCUGAAUAUCACUGAAAUUGUUGGAAAGAAAACUCGUGAAUGGGAAUCUACAAAGUCUGAGCUUGAGAGGCAGCUUGUUGAACUUCAGGUACAACUUCAGGCUGCUAAAUCUGCAACUACUGCCUCAGAAAAUCCUGAUUUUCAGCUAAAGCUUGAGGCUGCAAAAAAAGAGAAUUCUGCCCUCAAACUUGAGCUCCUUUCUCGACUGGAGGAGAUAGAAAUCAGGAUUAUGGAGAGAGACUUGAGCACGCAAGCUGCUGAAACAGCCAGCAAACAACAUUUAGAGAGCAUUAAGAAGGUGGCUAAACUUGAAGCUGAGUGCCGCAGGCUAAAAGCCAUGGCUCGUAAAGCUUUCCCUGGUAAUGAUCACAAGUCCCUUACUUCCUCUGUUUGUGUAGAAUCUUUUGCAGAUAGCCAGUCAGACUGUGGGGAAAGGCUACUGGCAGUUGAAGUUGAUAUGCGCAAAAUUAGUGGCUUGGAGCCUAACGAAUGUGAACCAAGCUGUUCUGACUCAUGGGUAUCCACUCUAAUCUCAGAACCUAAUCCAUUUAAGAACGAGAAAGUUGUCAGAAGAAACCUUAUGGUCCCUUCAGUAGAAAUCAAUCUCAUGGAUGAUUUUCUUGAAAUGGAAAGGCUUGUGGCAAUGCCGGAUACAGAAAGCGGAAUCUGUUGCCUUGAGACAGCGCCUGCUUUGGAUCAAGCUAAUGCUAGUGAAAUCCAUAUAAAAGCUGAACUUGAGGCCAUGAUUCACAGGACUGCGGAACUGGAGGAAAAGUUGGAGAAGCUAGAGGAGGAAAAAGAGGAAUUCAAGAUGGCUUUAACUGAAUCCCAAAAGCAGUUUGAGACAUCACAGAGUCAGCUAGAGGAAGCAGAGGUGAAAUUGGUAGAGCUGCAGACUCAGUUAGCUCUUCUAGACAAAUUAAAGCGGGCUGCAGAUCAAGAAGUAAAGGCCAGCCAAACAAAGCAGGAAACGGCGGAGUCACAAUUCAGAAUCAUUGAAGCUGAGGUCAAAACCUUGCUUUUUAAAGUUGGUUCAUUAGAGGAGGAGGUUGAGAAGGAGCAUGCUUUGUCUGUUGAAAAUGUGGCCAAGUAUCAGAAAUUGGAGGAUGAAUUUUUAAGAACGAAAAGAGAAGCUGAGAUCCACCGUGAAGCAGAGCUACAGCGACUGGCAAGCAAUAGCGAUGAAGUGAUGAUAAAACAGGAGGAGCUUGCAGUGGCAGCAAGUAAAUUUGCUGAGUGCCAGAAAACAAUUGCAUCGCUAGGCCAGCAGUUGAAGUCUCUUGCGACACUGGAAGACUUCCUGACUGACUCUGAGACGCCACUGGAACUCAUUGGUGAGGGAACUCAGGGUCUCAAAAAUAGUAGGGAACCACUGAAAUUGCAAUUUAGUGAAAGGGGUGAUGGUACAAGACUUUCAAAGGGUGGUACCGAAAGGGAGUCAUCAUUCUCACUGAACCCAACCAUUGCUUUCGAAAAGACCCAAAAUGGCUUUGGGAAGUUUUUCCCUAGAAGUAAGAGUGUGAGUCGGAAUGAAAAUCAGUGAGAAAGAUAUAGGAAAUUGUAAGAAAACUGACAGGCUUCAAUUUUUCAUUGUAAAGCUGCCUUUAUUUGUUCUUAUUACCAACACUUCAGCAAAAUGCUUGGGAAUCAACUGAUUUAUUCACUCAGAUGCUGCAUAUUGGGGAACAAAAUUUUUUGAGGGAGAUAUAAUAAUACAUAAGUUCGAUCGCUUUCGACUGCC